GUCGCCAGGCGAGAGGGAACUGUUCCCCGAGCUCAAGGCCAUUCUGGAAGUCACUGCCGUCACAGGCACCGUCUGGCAUGACUGGGAGUCCGUGAGGGAAUUGCUCGGGUUCACCAUCUCCCAGGUCUUGGAGGAGUAUGAGACAGAGCGUGUGGCAGGGGUGGGUCCGCCUCGCCCGCUGCCAUCCGGGGAGACGUUUGCCGAGCUCAACGAGCGCAUCCUCUCACACCUUGAGGCAUUCACGGACGGGCCACCAUUCACCAUCCAACGCAUUUGCGAGGUGCUUCUCAACCCUCGAGCCACCUACACCAACCUCAACCGUGUCGCCUUUGCUCUUGAAAAGCUGCUCCUGGUGACCUCCUCCGCCCCGCCCCCCACAGCCCCGUUCCCCGCCCUCCCCCUCCCUCCCGCCCAUCUCCACCGCCUCUACCUCACCUCCCCUUCCUCCUCCUCCCCCUCCUCCCUCCCUCCUCCUUUCCAAACCUCCCCACCACCCUCAAAGCCCCAGUUUCCAAACCAGGGAGGCAGGGCAAGGCAAGACGGCGGGGGAGCAGCAGGACAGGCGGGGGAGGGUGCGGAAGGGGGUGGAGGGAAGGGAGACGAUGAGGAGGCAGGGGAGGGGGGCAGUGCAGCAAUGGAGACGGAUGAGAGGGGGGCCGGGGGCAGGUCAGAUUCUCCCAACAUGAGGCCCGGUUCCCUUGACAUUGCCCCGCACUCACCUGAGUUUGCAGGAUUCUUUCGAGAAGUGGUGGUGGAAGAAGCAGCUAUGGAGCUGGGUGGGGGCGGUGGGGGUGCUGGGGGCGGUGGGGGUGGUGGGGCUGGUGCGGGCGGUGGGGCGGGCGGUGGGGCGGGUGGUGGGACGGCGGAGGGCGGGGCUAGGAGCAGUGGGGGUGCCCGGGAUGAGGGGAGAGGAGCUAGUGGUGGUGAUGGUGGGGAGGGUAGGGUGGAAGUGGGGACGAUGGAUGAGGGGAAGGAGGAGGAGGGGGAGAAGGAGGAGAGGGGUGGGGUUGAGAGGAGUGCUGGGGAGAAGGGUGACAGUGGGAGUGAGAGAGCGAGGGAGGGAGGGGAGGAGGAGAUGGAGGAGGAGGAGGAGGCGAGCAAGUGGCUGGUAGAUAACCCCCCUCCUGUUGCCUUUGGACCCGUGUCUCCCACGAGGGAGGAAAGCAGGGAGGGGAGGAGGGAGGAGGGAAGGGAGGAGGGAAGGGAGGAGGUGAGGGAGGAAGAGAAGGGGGAGGAGGAGAUGAAGGGGGAAGGAGGGGGUGACAUGAAGGUGGAAAGAGGGGGUGAUAUUCGAGUGGAGUGUGAGGAGAAGGCAGUAGAGGGGGAGGAGGAUGGGGAUGGUGGGAGUGGGGAGGGAGAGGACUUGGCGGGACAUGGGCAGGGGAUGGAGGGAGGGGAGGGCGAGCAGAUGACAAGAUUAGACUCGGUCCAAAUCGAAGCCGAUGCACCAAGCGGGGCUCAACAACGGCGUAGAAUAGUGUGCAUGCUCUCGAGUGACGGCACUUUCCCUCCAAGGCACAAACCCAAGUCGCUUGAGCUCCCUCGAGCCGUCGCACAUGGGUUCCAUUCCUCUCAUGAUCUAGCUGACGAGGAGAAGCAGAGGCUGAUUGCGGAGGAGAUCGUGAAGAUCGAGCAGCAGACGAAAGCGAGGGAGGAGCAGUUGAAGCGGGCCGCUCUUAAAGCCCAUUUGGAUCACGAGCUACGGUUCGGCAAGAUAAUGUUCUCUCAGGAAAAAUACACCACGGCCAUCGCGCAUUUCGACAAAGUGCUCGGCCAAACAGAGGACGACUCGUAUCACCAUGGCGAGGCCUCGCUCCAGAAAGCAGCGUGCCUCGAAAAGCUCGGCUCGCACGACGAAGCGCGUCGCCUCUACAAAUCCCUCUGCCAUUUCCGCGGCGCGGACCACCACAUCAAGAGACGCGCCGCGCAAGCCUUAUUCGAAGGCGAUUCGCACGAUCCCGCGAAGCAGCGGCAGAAGGAGCAGGCUCAAAGCGAAAGGUCGUCGCUAUUAGACGACUACAUGUACAAAAUGUUUCUGACGGGCUUUGGGAAUUACACGUUGAGUGGGCGGAAGCAGGAGGAGUCGCGACAGGAGCGGAUGCUGAUGCAGGCGCUGCCAUGGAUGCUGGUCCUUAUGGCUCCUGCUAUGGUUGUAGGCCUCAUGCUGGCCAAGGGGGGAGAGUAA